UGUUAGCUGGGUUUCUAGCAUACAUUUUCAGUGAUCUUGAGAACCUGUCUGACUGGAAAGAGGAAGUAAGAUACCCUAAAACAAAAAUGAGGAAAUACUUUUCUAAAGAAUAGUUUGGCAAAAUUCUACAUUUCAUUCUAGUUAAACUUUUUACUUAUCCUCUCUAACAUUCUGUUCAUGGCAAUAAUUAAAAAUUAUUACAUAUGCAUAUACUUACGCAAUUACAUAUACACGAAUUAUUAACAUCUCAAAAUAAUAAAGACAGAAACAGAAGGAAAUUACACAUUCACAUCUUCAGUAAAUGUAAAAAGGCUGAACUCAGCUCAAAGACCUCCCCACAAAGAUAAAACAAAAACAGGUGAUGUUAAGAAUGCAAAAAAUUUUCCGUUUCACUCCGUAUAAAUAGACAUACAGUAGCUUACAGAGUUUACAGAUGCAGCCCAUGGGAAGAUGCAAGAUGGAAGCCCACGGAACUGAUAAUACAGAGAUGGAGGACUUCAAUACUCAGGCAGAGAACAAGCACUGUGGAACAUCAGAAGUCAGUACAGAUCAACACCUACAUCAGGAAGUGUUGAAUAAAAAAGAGAAUCUAUUUCACAGACUUCUGAAAGACAAGCAUCACAGUAAACUGAGAGCUGCAGAUGUUCUUCAGUUAACUGCACAUUCAUUACACUCCCAUGAGUCUUGUGCUGAAGAUGAACUGAUUCAGACUUUCAUACAAAAACUACUGAUAAUGGACUACAGAGCAAGAUGCAUUAAAACUAAAGACAACAACGAGGAAGCUCACAAUGGUCAAGCCAGCUAUGAAUCAUUUAAAGAAGUAGCUGAUUUUGAAGAUUUUAUUCACAAUUUAGGGUCAGUAUCUAAUAAAGAAACAGGCCAAUCUAAGAAAAUUCACCCGAUGGAUGUUCAGAUGGCCACGUUUCAUUGUGCUGAUAGUUUUCUGAAGCAGCUGAUGGUCACUAAACUGUCCCAGUGUCAGUACGCUCUGCCUCUGCUUGUUCCUGAUCCAUUCACUCAACAGACUGAGUUUCCUCUCUGGACAUUCAGACAAAUCAACAAGAGCUGGAAGAUGACCAACACCAAUAAUGAAAUCAUCAGUCAAACCCAGCCCAUCUACAAGGCAGAGACUCCAAUGGUGUUUUUCUUCAGGUUUGGCUCUGUGUCUUCAUCCAAGUCUCAGCUGAUGAACAGUCUGAUCAAUGAGAAACACAACACAUUCUUCCACAGGAACUGCUCAGGCAGCAGCAAAACCAGAGUCCUGAUGGAUGGAGUGGUGGAGAUCACCUGGUUCUGCCCUUCUGGAAGAGAAACAGAUAAAUUCACUGAGUGUGUAGCGUUCUGUAAUCUACACGGUGACGCAGGAGACCAUGAGAAACAGCUGCAGAUCCUCACUGAAAUGAGCUCAGUCAAUGUUGUUCUUCUACCACAACUUCAGAGGAAUGACAGAAGCAGGAAAAGACUUCAAGAACUCCACAAGGGCUCAAAGCCACUCAUUUGUCUUUUUACUGAGGAUGAAUCUGCUGUAACUGUGGUGAAGAAAAAAUACCGGAUUGGUCUGAAAGACAGAAAUCAGUCAGAAAUAUCUGAUGAACUCAGAAGAGCAAUAAAAGAUUGUCUCUCAGAAUCAUCUUCCACGUUCAGACUUGAAGAUGUGUCCAAACCCUCAGAGAAUACAGAACAUCACACUCAGAAACUCAGACACUCAGACAUUAGAGUAGAUGAGGAAGAUGAUGAUGACUGCAGGAGAGGAAGAGAAGCAGCACAGCAGAUGAUGAGUUUACUGGAGAAGAAAGAUCUGACAGAAAUCAAAGAAUCAUUUCUGCCUCAUCAGGGGCAACUGUGGCAUCAGUGGAGUCAGAAGAACAAAGAACUACAUCGGCCUCGAGCAGAUGAGACAGAAGUGGACAUAAGCAGAAAACAAACAGAAAUGAAGAAAAUCCUUGAGCAACAGCAUGAAUCUAACAUCAGUGAGUUUAUGAAACUCUUUCUAAAUCAAAUGAACACAGAUGCUAAACAUAAAAAGAUGUUUUUCAUUAAAUGGCUCAUAAUCCUCCUGGGUGAAUAUAUCUCAGCUGAUCUUUCUGCUCUACAUCAUAAGUAUAAUGAAAAGUGGUCAACAGUCUUACAAAUGAAAGAGAAUCAUGAUACAUUUGAACAACUCCCGGCUGAACAAGCAGAACUUGAGAGAAUAUCUGAGGAUCUUCAAGCUGCAACCUUUGGUGUGGAGCACAUCAUGAGGGAGAUCGGUCAGAUCUAUGAAUCAUGUUCAUCUGUGAAGAAGAACAAGAAAGACCUGCAGAUUCCCUUCUCUUCUCUCCCGAGUCUUGCAGCUGAGAUGAUGAUCUCUGGAUUUCCACUGGAGCUGAUGGAUGGAGAUGCUGCUCAUGUUCCUGUGAUCUGGAUCUCUGCUGUUCUAGAUCAACUCAUCCAGAAACUGGGAGACCAGAGAGUCUUUGUGCUGUCAGUUUUAGGGCUUCAGAGCUCUGGGAAAUCCACCAUGCUGAACGCCAUGUUUGGACUCCAGUUUGCCGUCAGUGCUGGCAGGUGCACCAGAGGAGCUUUCAUGCAGCUGAUCAGAGUCUCAGACGAGAUGAAAACACAGAUGAACUUUGACUAUAUUCUGGUUGUUGAUACUGAGGGUCUUCGUGCUCUAGAACUGGCUGGAAGAUCAACAAGAGAUCAUGACAAUGAACUGGCCACAUUUGUUGUAGGUAUUGCAAAUAUGACCUUGAUCAACAUCUUUGGAGAAAACCCAUCUGAGAUGCUGGACAUUCUUCAGAUUGUUGUUCAGGCCUUCAUGAGGAUGAAGAAGGUCAGUCUGAAUCCCAGCUGUGUGUUUGUGCAUCAGAACGUCUCAGACAUCACAGCUGGAGAGAAAAACAUGGAGGGAAGGAGACGACUGCUGGAGAAACUGGAUGAGAUGACAGAACUUGCUGCUGAAGAGGAAGUCUGUGAUGCACAACGUUUCAGUGACGUCAUUAGAUUUGAUGUACAGAAUGAUGUGAAGUAUUUUGCUCAGCUCUGGGAGGGCAGCCCACCAAUGGCACCACCAAACCCAAACUACUGUGAGAACAUUCAAGAACUAAAGAAAACUAUUAUGUCUCAUGCCUCAAAAUCACAUGGAAUGAUGCUGAAAGACUUAAAAGAUCGUAUUAAAGAUCUCUGGGAGGCUUUACUGAAUGAACAAUUCGUCUUCAGCUUCAGAAAUUCUCUGGAGAUUUCAGCCUACAGGAAACUGGAGACUGAAUACAGCAAGUGGUCCUGGAGUCUUCGCAGUGCCAUGAUGGAAACAGAGAGCAAACUAUACAACAAAAUAGAAAAUGAAGCAGUUCGUGAGGUUGAGGAAAUUGAUCUUCAAAGAGAACUGAAGAUGACAAGUGAAGAAGUAGAAAAGUCAAUGUCUGAAUUCUUUGAGAAAGACAAAGAUAAAGAUAUACUGAUUCAAUGGAAAACAUCAUUUGAAAUCAAGAUCAAAGAGCUUCAGGAAAAUAUUGUGAGAGAAACAAAAAGGAAAUUAAAUGGGAUUCUUCAGCAGCGAGACCUGAGGAAAAAGAUUGAUGAUCAGAGGACAAAUCAUGAAAACGCUCUCUAUGAAAAGAGCAAAGAACUUCCCUUAAAACUCAAAGACAAAGCAAAUGAUGAAGAAACACUGAAGAAAGAGUUUGAUUUGUUUUGGGCGCAGACUGUAGAUGAGAUUAUCUCAGACAAGCCUCCAAACAAUGACAUUGACAUAAUGAGAGAUGUGAUAAAAAUCCUCAGUGACAUCAACAAGGGGCAUCCCUCUGCUGACCACAUUAAAGAGGACAGCAACAUUUUCACUGUGUCAAGUUUUUUUGAUUAUGUUAUUUUCAAAAAGUCCACAAAAAAGGGGGUUAAAGAGUUGAUAAAAGGUGCUUUCAGUACAAUGAAAGGAACAUUUGGAAAUAUUCGAACUCUGUCUCCAGAGAAAGAAGCUCAAAUAAGAUCAUUAGUUUCAGAUGUUGACCAGCAGACAGACACAAUGAUUCAGUCAUUUAACAUUUCAAAGAUGGGCUACAACAUGAGCUGCAUUCAAAAACUCAUAGAUUAUAUCAAUAAGAGAGUAACAGAACAUGAGGAAGGACCAGUGAAAUAUGAGUUCAAGAAUGAAUUCUUUAUCGAUUUGGUUCUUUCCAUCUGUGUGAGAGCAAACAAGAUGAUCACCGACCAACACAGACUGUUCAGGGAAACCAAUGAUCCUGUGAUAUAUGUUGAGAAGAAGAGAGAAGAGUACUAUAGUAUCUUUCAAAAAUACUGUAAUGAAGCUCCAUCAGCUGCUGUUUUUGGUAAGAUCAUCUGCCAGAAACUGAAAGAGCCCAUAGAGCAGAGUGUCUACAAGAAGACUGCCAGAGAUCUGACAUACGAAAUUAUGAAAAACUGUGAAUCACUGAAUGGAAACAGACUAAAUUUGGAGAAACACAUCCUGAAGACACUGGCAGAAGAGAAUGAUUUUGUCAAAUACAUGGAUUACCUGAAUUAUCCCAGGCUUCACUUCAAGAGUUUCAUCAGAGAUGAAGUCAGUCGGUACAUCACUGAUAAGUUCAGUCUCAGUGUUUUACCCAAGAUGAAAAAUAACAUUAAAUUCCUGCAGCAGAAGAUCAUGAAAGCAGCUCAUGAAUCUACUGAACAUGUUCAAGUGAACAGUGGAGAUGUUGGUUUGUGGUUGAAGAGUUUCACACAGCAGCUCUCAGACGUACUGAUCUUCUCUGAGAAAGACCUCAGUGGAGAGAAACAUCAUGAUGUUGAGGAUUUCAACCUCUUAGAAUAUGUGAUAAAGAAAGAUCUUACUGCUAUAAUGUCUGACAUCAGCAAUAGUUUUAACACAGACACUUUUCCACUAAAGCUAGACAGAAAGUUCAGGCCACAUGAGAUUCUGACUGAUCACUUCUGUCAGUGCUGUUGGGUUCAGUGUCCAUUCUGUGGAGCCACCUGCACCUACAGCAUAGAAAAUCAUCAUGGAGAUCACAGUACUCCUUUCCAUCGUAGUAUUGGUCUGAAUGGAAUCUAUUUCAGUGAUACAUCUAACUUGUCUACUCAUAUCUGCACAUCAGCAGUAGCAAGCAGCAUUCUAUAUAUUUGUCCCAGUGACUCAACUGAUGAAGUCCCCUGGAGAGAGUACAGAAGAGCAGGAGGAGUUUAUGCAGACUGGAGCAUCACCCCUGAUCUCUCUGAACUGCCCUACUGGAAGUGGUUUGUGUGCAGAUUCCAGAAAGAUCUGGAAAAACACCACAAAAAAACAUUUGAGGGACAGGGUAAGAUACCAGAUGAAUGGAAAAAAUACUCAAAACUGGACGCUAUUGAGAGUUUGUAUAAUUACAUUUAAUUGAACUAGCAAAAAUUGAGGUUGCAUUGAGGUUGAAAGUGAAAAAUUUCAAGUCAAAUGUCUCACCUCCGACUUUAUCAGCAACACCGUAUAAGAGAAUAGCUGUUGGAACAAAAUAUCAUAUUGUGAGAAAACAACACCAUUUGUCAUUUCGAUUUAGUUUGCUGUGUUCAAAUCAGUUUCAUCAUUAUCUUCUGCUCUUUUAUAUAUAUAUUUAGUUUUAUAUUAGAUUUAGUAUUUUAUGGGUGCCGAAGUUAAUUGUUUAAAUGAAGUUCUUGACGAAAGUUCAGGAGGAAUAUUUGAAUUUAGGUUAAUCCAAGCAAUCAGUGCCAGAAUAAGCGUAUGCUGUAUAAACCACUUCUUACCUCUGCCACCCAACACUUCUUACUACUAAACCAGCCAAGAAAGUCCAGGGGGUACUUCAGGCUCAGUUUAGGUCUCGAGCCCUCCAACACAGCCAGCAAGCCACAUUUACCCUCUCUUCAAUUCAGAGGUAACAUGGACCUGUGAACUCAUAAAUUAAGAUAAUUUAACACUAAGCAGCUCUUUAAUAUAGUUAUUACUAGUGGCAAUCAAAGUGGGUUGUGAAGGUUUUAAAUUUCUGAUUAUAAAAUAUACUGUGUGCAUCUUAACAAUAAAAAGAAUAUGUUGUCCUUUUUAUUUGAAAUAGAUUUUUGAGUGAUGAAAAAUGUUUUACUAAUUACUUUAGUUUUAAAUUACUUUCUGAUAACUGCUUCAAACUUAUUGAAACACAAAUAUGAUACCCAAUAGUGUUUUUCAUAGAAUGCUUUCCAAUACAUUCCUGCAAAUGUGUAUCUUUGUGUCUGCCCAUCAGACUUUCUGCGGGGUUUAAAUGUAUGCACAUUUUAGACCUGUAGUAUGAGUGCAUGUGUUUGUGAUUAU